AUGGUUUCUUUUGGAGCGGAGUGUACCACUAAACUUCUUCUUUUCAGCCAUGAAUUUCCUGCCGAUGACGUCCAAGAGCUUUUUCGUGGUCUGCAUAGACACAGCAAGGGAACGAAAUUCCCUCUACUUGCAACUUUCUUGACGGAAUGUACUCGAGUCUUGAAAGAGGAAAUCUCGAAGUUGCCGCGAGAGCUUCAAGAUGAUAUUCCUGCAUUCCACUCAGUCACAACCUUUGCUGCAUAUUUCAAUGAAUUAAGAAAGGGCCCUUUGGGUGGCGCAUGGGAAGGGGCUUUUCUAUGCAUCUAUCAAAUUGCUAUGUUUAUAGGAUAUUUUGAAGCCAAUGACUUAGAUUAUGAUAUUCCCAACAGGAGUGUCACAGUCGUCGGAAUGAGUAUUGGCCUAUUUGCGGCUUCAGCUACUGCGGCAGCCUCAUCUCUCGCAGAGUUAGCUCUUACUGGUGCAGAGAGUGUACGGGUCUCAUUUGCCUUCUGCACCCAUGUGCGCCGUACGUCCGAUUUGCUGGAGACACCAGGUGUGGAUGAGAAUCUCUCCAGCUGGGCCUAUGUGGUCAUGGGGUUAUCUGCAGAUAAAAUUCAAGAUGAGUUAGAUCAGUACAACAAAGAGACGAGAGCUUCGAAGCUCAAUAAGUUGACCAUUAGUCAUACUGACAUCAAUUCAGUCGGUAUAACUGGCCCGCCAGCACGCCUUCGACAUUUAUUUCAGCGCUCCGAAGUUCUGAGAUACUCUAAGCAUUCCUCGCUUCAAAUCCACGGAGGGCUAUGCCAUGUUCCAGACAUCUAUGACGUUACAGAUGUAGAAGCUAUAAUGAAUACAUCGUCCAUAGAGGCAUGGCAUCAUCGUCUUUUGCGACUACCUCUUCUCUCCCCACAUACUGGGAUGCCAUUUCCUGCAGAAAACGCAGCUCACUUGGUCGAAUUGAUUGUAAAGGAGGCGCUGAUGAAACCUCUUCACUUCGACAAUUUAGUUGAUGGAAUCUUGAACAUAAUGUCUAGCCCAGGUUUAGUGGAGUGUGACGUACUGCAUUUCCGUACGUCUAUCAUUUCAAAAGGUCUUAUAUCUACCCUCGAAUCGAAACUGUCUAAAAUCCAGAUAUCUUGUUACGAUAUCGUUGACUGGAUACAGCAAGAGUAUGUAAAUCCACCCCGACUUCUGAAAGACUCAAAACUGGCAAUUGUCGGUAUGGCCUGUCGCAUGCCGGGAGGGGCCAAUGACCAUGAGCUCUUCUGGGAGCUACUCGUAGAUGGACGCGAUGUCCAUACUCGAGUUCCUGCAGACCGAUUUGACUUGGAAGCUCAUUACGAUCCUACUGGGGCUAUGGAAAAUUCUACAGAUACCCCGUAUGGGAAUUUUAUUGAUGGGCCCGGUUUAUUCGACCCCGGGUUCUUCAAUAUGUCCCCCCGUGAAGCUGAGCAGACAGACCCUAUGCAGAGAUUAGCUCUUGUGACAGCCUACGAGGCACUUGAAAUGGCUGGUUUUGUUCCCAACCGGACUGCAUCAUCAAAUAUGAAGCGUGUGGGGGUUUUCUUUGGGCAAGCAAGCGACGAUUACCGCGAGGUGAACGCUAAUCAAAAUGUCAGUACGUAUGGAAUUCCUGGAACGGAAAGAGCUUUUGGCAAUGGACGUAUAAAUUACUUUUUUAAGUUCCAAGGUCCCAGCUUCAGCUUGGAUACUGCCUGCUCUAGCGGUCUAGCAGCCGUAAAUGCGGCCUGUUCUUCUCUUUGGGCUGGGGAAAGUGAUCUUGUUAUUGCAGGUGGCCUGAAUGUCAUUACUAACCCAGACAUCUAUUGCAUGCUUACAAAAGGUCACUUUCUUUCUAAGACGGGGCAAUGCAAAGUCUGGGACGAGGGAGCGGAUGGAUAUUGUCGUGCUGAUGGUAUUGGCUCAGUCGUGAUCAAGCGCCUCGAGGAUGCUAUCGCUGAUAACGACAAAAUUCUUGGUACGAUUGCUGCAGGUGCAACGAACCACUCAUGCGAUGCAGUUUCAAUUACACAUCCUCAUGUAGGGGCGCAGAAAGAUAAUUACCGGCAGGUGAUACUUCAAGCAGGAAUCAAUCCCCUUGAUGUCAGCUAUGUUGAACUUCACGGAACUGGCACACAGGCGGGUGACGCUGUUGAAUCCGAAUCUGUGUUGGAAAUAUUUGCCCCAGUGACCCCAAAGCGUCGGCCAGAGCAGCGACUGCAUCUGGGUGCGGUUAAAUCAAAUAUUGGCCACGGUGAAGCGGCUGCAGGUGUUGCUUCGUUGAUCAAGGUUUUACUGAUGUAUCAGAAAAAUUUGAUCCCACGCCACGUGGGUAUCAAGAGCAACAUCAACCCUGCAGUAGCUAAGAAUCUGGAAAAGAGAAAUGCAGGUGUGGUUUUUGAGAAUACUCCGUGGCCAAGGCCAGAGGGAGGAAAAAGAUAUGCCAUAGUCAACAGCUUUGGAGCUCAUGGGGGAAAUACAACGCUUGUGCUAGAGGAUCCACCAAAGAAAAGAGGGACAGAUAUCGUUGGUGACUCCUUAGAGGUGCAUCCUAUCACUAUUUCCGCGAAAAGUAAAGUAUCAUUGAAAGGAAACAUCGAGGACCUAAUUCAGUACCUGGUUCAGAACCCAGACUCUAGCCUACAAGAUCUAUCCUAUACUUUGAUGGUACGCCGUAUUCAUCAUCCCCGUCGGAUUUCGACAUCGGUAUCUAGUAUCAGCCAGCUGCAGGAUUUCUUGAAGAACUCUAUUCAGUCGUCUGAUGAUGUUAAAUCUGUCUCCUCAGUUGCACCAAAAAUGGUGUUUGCAUUUACUGGACAAGGGUCCUUCUAUCGUGGUGCCGGCCAGCAGCUUUUCCAAAGCUUUCCCUACUUCAACCAGCAGGUUCGACAGCUGGAUCACGUAGUUCAAAAACUUGGUUUUCCAGCUAUCAUACAUGAAAUUGAGGGUACCAAGAUAUCCGACGAAGAGGUUGUAUCGCCCAUUAUCACCCAAUUGGUCAUCCUUGUCCUCCAAAUUGCUCUAAUAAAGUUUUGGAAAAGACUAGGGCUCAGCCCUGCAGUGGUUAUUGGUCACAGUCUUGGUGAAUAUGCAGCCAUGGUGGCCUCAGGGGUACUGUCACCUUCAGAUGCUAUCUACUUGGUUGGAAAGCGAGCAGAACUUCUGGUAAAAUACUGUAAGCCCAGGAGUCAUAUCAUGCUAUCGGUCCGAGCUGGUCUCGACGAGGUCAAUCGACUGGUGAACAACCAGGUGUACUUUGAGAUAUCAUGUUUGAACUCGUCCCAGGAGACCGUCAUAAGUGGCCCAAGAGAAGAUAUUGGUGCGAUCCGGACGUUAAUCGAAGCAGAGGGGCUCAAAUGCCUCGCUUUAGACAUCCCCUAUGCCUUCCACUCCGGCCAGCUAGAUGCGAUACUUGAUGAGUUCGAGGAUGCUGCAAGCCACAUUGUUUUUAAGCCUCCUACUAUUCCGAUUGUUUCGCCUCUCCUUGGCCAGAGUAUUUUUGAUGGGAAGACAAUAAACGCAAAAUAUUUGCGUCGUGCUUCUCGCGAGCCAGUCAAUUUUGUGAUGGCACUUGAAUCUGCUGCCUCUGCUGGCAUCAUAGAUGACAAAACUAUCUGGCUUGAAAUUGGUUCUCAUCCAAUCUGCAAUGCAUUUGCUCGUAGUCAUAACGCAAAUUUGAAAACUUUCAUAUCGCUCCAGAAAAAUGAACACAAUGUCACCACGGUUACUACCACUCUUACUGGUUUGCAUGCUGUCGGUCUACCUCUUCGCUGGGGUGAGUAUUACCGGGACAAUGAACGCUCUUACAAUCUCUUGCACCUCCCACACUACCACUGGAAUAAUGAAAACUAUUUCAUUCCUUAUACUGGAACGUGGACUCUCGAGAAAGGCCGUUCCAAAUAUUGCUCUAGUGAACCUCUCGUCUCACCUGCAAUAUCGUCUUUACAGAGCACCUCAGUGCAACGUGUGAUUAUUGAAGAACUUCAAGAGUCUACGGGCCAUCUUGUUGCGGUAACCGACAUACAGAGACCGGAUUUCUUAGAAGCGGUGAAUGGACACAAGAUGAAUGGACGGGGUGUAGUUACCGGGUCUAUUUGGGGAGAAAUCAGCCUUACCGUCGGCGAGUACUUGUAUAAGCGUCUAGUUCCAGAAGCGAAGACGGUCAAUAUGAAUGUCGCUGAAAUGGAAGUACUUGAAUCCCAGCUGCCCAAUGAUGACAACACAAAACCACAACUGAUUCAAAUCGAGGCAUUCAUUGACCUCAUGGAUUCCUCCACGGCAGUCAAAUGGUAUAGUAUAAAGUUGGAUGGCAGUCGAUCGGAAUAUGCAUUUGCAUCCGCCACCGUAUUCUACGAAGACCCUAAGGCGUGGAAAACCGAAUGGCGGAAAAUAACACACCUACUAGAAGAACGCAUUGCGACGCUAUCAUCCAUGGCAGCCAGCAGAUCCGCCAAUAAGCUAACACGUAACAUGAUCUACCAGCUAUUUCAAAAUAUUGUUGACUACGCAGAUGUAUACCGUGGCAUGCAAUCCCUGGUCUUGAAUGGGCUCGAGGCCUUUGCAGACGUUGAGCUCACUCCGGAUCGUCAUGGGUCGUGGCACACUCCACCGCAUUGGAUUGAUAGCGUCUUCCAGAUGGCAGGUUUUGUCAUGAACGGUGGCGACGAGACAAACACAAGAGAAUUCUUUUAUAUCACCCCGGGAUGGGAUGAUCUUCGCAUCGCAAAGCCCCUUGCGCCAAAUAUUCCUUAUCAGAGCUAUGUUCGCAUGACACCAUCCGAGGACGAAGCAAACACUUUUAUUGGGGAUAUUUACGCUUUGCAAUCUGGAGAAAUUGUCGGGGUUUGCGGGGGUAUUAAAUUUAGGAGAGUUCCUCGAGUACUCAUGCAGCGUCUAUACGCAGGUCCACGACAAUCUCAACCGGUCGACUUACCAUCUCAUCAUACCGCUCCUCAGGUGGCGCCCACAGCCGAUUCAAAGGCUCUGAGACAAGCACGACGCACAAGAACGCCACCGUCGGCUCCGGGUAGCUUGUCUUUUCCUGUUCCAAUUACGUCUUCUGUGGCCGGAACACGCUCUAAAAAACCUGCGCCAACUCCUGCAGCAAAGCAAGAAGUGACGUUUCCUUCUUUUGUAGAUACAAACAAUACGGCCUCUACUGAGAGUAGUGUCAAGCAGCCGCAAGACGAAGUUGUCGUUAGUUGCAUGAAUCUCAUUUCUCGAGAGACUGGGCUGGAUAUCAAAGAAUUUGUUGACGAAGCUUCGUUUGCCGAGCUCGGGAUUGACUCUCUCAUGUCGCUUGUCUUAUCUGAGAAGCUUUUGAAUGAGCUAGGAGUCGAGGUCAAAAGCUCCAUUUUCCUUGAAUGUCCUACGGUAAUCGAAUUCACGAAUUGGUUGACACAGUAUCGUUAG